AUGAUUCAUGUUGCGCAGAAUACAAGGGUUCCUGUGCCCAAAGUUUUUGCAUAUUAUACGUACGGUCCAAUUGAUCGUGAUGUUGGCGAUUACGGAGGCCUUUAUGAUACCUACAUCUUCAUGAGUUUCAUUGCCGGCGAAACACUCCACACAGCUUGGGACUCUUUUGGCGUCUCCGCCAAAUCCCAAAUUUCAAGACAAAUUGCAAGCUAUAUCCAGGAGAUCCGCAAUAUAGGGAACGUUGGCUAUAUUGGCUCCAUAGAUCAUGGUCCUGUUACUGACCGCAGUUUAGCGACCUCUCUUGACAAAGGUACAAAACCCAGACCUUGGGAAUGGAACACGCAGGGACCGCUUGAUCUGGACUAA